GUUCGGGAGCUAUUUCAAAUCGCAUUCCAUUUCGUGAAAGAUGACGAGUUUAUGCUGCAUGAAACUGCGUCGCGCGAAGCCAUAUCGUCUUUCAUGUACGGAUCGGGCACGGGCCCUAAUCCUCUCGAAUUGCAGUGGGAUAUGACGACGACACACAACUCCGAGUGGAACCAAAAAGUAAUUGACAUUCUCUGCUCCCAGUAUACUUCCUUGCUUGAGAAGAACCAAUGGACUUCAAGAUCCCGUCAGUCCGUCAUGGACGAUAUUACCAAUAAAUUCAAUCAAUGCCGCAAGUGCUGGAGAAAAGCGCAGCCUCGUGUGCUCAGCGAUGGCAUUCGCGAGACUAUGCAAGAAGUAGGAGAUAGACUCGUGGAUCAGACCAACGAGCGAUUGCGGCUCACUAGGGUUCACACUCGCAGAGCGACGAAGUUCGAAACUCGUAAGAAAGUCACGUCGGCCCUCCUAAGUGACAGGAUUGCAACUGGAAAGGACGACCAGGCUGUAUGGGCGUAUCUACAAUCUCUUGUGGAGACCCUC